UGUGCGGCUCUCGGCUCUCGGCUCUGUGCGGCUCUGUGUUCGGCUCUGUGUUCGGCUCUCUGCGGCUCUUUUCUCUGUGUUCGGUUCUGUGUUCGUCUCUUGUGUGUGUCCAACAUGUCCCCGGGUCGCUCUUUCUCCGUGUUCCGUGUGGAUGGAGCGAGCCCCCGGAGCCCCCGGAGCCCCCGGAGCCGUAGGAGCCGCAGGAGCCGCAGGAGCAGCCCGCGUCGCCGUUGAGUCCCGGAGCUUUGAGUUAUGCUCUCGCGGAAGAAAAGCAAAAACGAAGCGUCCAAACCCGCGGAGGUGCACGGAAAGUACGUGAAGAAGGAAACGUCGCCGCUCCUCCGAAACCUGAUGCCCUCCUUCAUCCGUCAUGGCCCCACGAUGCCGCGGCGUUCUGAGGCUCCUCUCCCGGAGAUGGGCCCCUCGUACGGCGUGGCCCCGAGCAGAGAGCCCGUGGUGCGGCGGACCCCGGUGCAGCGCCCCCCGCAGGAGAUCGCACGCAGGGAGAGUCAUCGUCUGUCCGCUCCGCCGUACCUGCCCCGGAGUCUGGGGGACCUGCCCCGCGAGUACGGCGGCUCCACUCAGUCCUUCCUGAGCGACGUGGGGCCCAUGUCCGAGAACGGAGACGGGUCCCGGUACUACUACCCCUCCGACCUCUACUACAACCAGCAGCAGCAGCAGCAGAGGAGGAGGCUUCAGGAGAACUUCCAGGACGACUUCAGGUUCUGUGAGAGAAACGAGCUGAACGUCCAGAGACACACGAGGCAGCACACGCCCCCGGGACAGGGCCGACCGGCGGCAGGCAUCGGUCGGAUCCAGGCCAAGUCUCUGGGGAACCUGUCGAGUCUGACCCAGGAGGACCUGCCCCUGCCCCCGGGCUGGACCGUGGACUGGACCAUCCGGGGCAGGAAGUACUACAUCGACAUGAACACCAACACGACUCACUGGAGCCACCCGCUGGAGCGAGAGGGACUCCCCCCGGGCUGGGAGAAGGUGGAGUCGGCCGAGUUUGGAGUUUAUUAUGUUCACCACAACACCAAGAGCGCCCAGUACAGACACCCGUGUGCGCCCAGUGUCCCUCGUUACGACCAGCCUCCCCCCCUCCCUCCUCCGGUCACGUACCAGCCGCUGCCCCCGGAGAGAACCCAGCCCGUCCUGGUCCCGGCGAACCCGUACCACGCGGCCGAGAUCCCGGACUGGCUCCAGGUCUACGCCCGGGCCCCGGUCAAGUACGACCACAUCCUGAAGUGGGAGCUGUUCCAGUUGGCUGAUCUGGACACGUACCAGGGGAUGUUGAAGCUCCUGUUCAUGAAGGAGCUGGAGCACAUCGUCAAGUCGUACGAGGGCUACAGACAAGCGCUGCUGUCCGAGGUGGACGCCCGCAAACAGAGACAACAGCAGUGGUACAGUGGCCAGACGCCCAAACAAAACUACAUCCCAAACAUGUAACGCCACCAGGGGGCGCCACGCAUGGACCCACACCGUGCCUUUUACUCUCAUUAUUAUUAUUAUUAUUAUUAUUAUUAUAUUAACAAGAACAUGUGACGACAAAAACCAACAACAGCUACAACAAAAACACGUGAGGCGCAGUGACGGACAAACGCCACCAGGAGGCGCCGCGCUGAGAUAAAACGGUGCCUUACGGAGCACAAACGUGGGAUUUUUGGAAGGAAAAAAAACAGUCAUUCCCAAAGUGCACAGGCACAAAGACGGACGACAGAUCUGCACGAACAAACGAACGAACGACCGUGAAACUGUUGAAGAGCUCAUACCGCCUCCGACCACACGGGGGCGACCAGGAGCGACAAGAGAAAUGUUCACAAACACGAUGUCAUCACCAAACACACUUCUGCUUCCACCUGCGCACGUUUUACCAAAGUCAAAAGUGAAAAGGAUUUUAAAACGUCUGAAAGGUUUGGAGAUCGGCCACAACGGUUCAAAUAAAAUAAAAAUAAAAAUAUAGAUUGGAUAAAAAAAACGUUCUCAUACAUAAAAUCACAAAACUAUUUCCACUACAAAAACAACACUACACGUUUUAUUUAUUUUUGUGGUUUGUAAAGUUUCAGAAAUAUAUUUUUAUUUCUUUUAUGUGUCUAGUUCUCGAAUCCUCCAUCGAACUUUAAAAAAAAACUCUGAAUAUUUUUAUAAUUUAUGUAAAAAAAGAAUCGGGAAGAAAUUUACAAACAGAAAAGACUUUUGUGUUUUUAUUUGGAGACGUGGAUUUCUCUCAGCUCUGCUCCUCUCGUCUCCGGCCUCCGACUUUUGACUUUGGUAAAACGAGGCCUGAUCCAAAAAUCUGAACGUUUACAAAAGUGAACACGACGUAGAAGUUUGUACAGACCUCCAAGACAGAACAGGGUAAACGUAAAAGUUUUGACAGACUUUCAAAAUUUAAAAAAAGGUUUAAAAAGGCUGAACUCUACGUAGAAGUUUUGAGAGACCUCGAAAAUAUCAGACGCAAAGAGCUCUGAACAUUUGUAUGAAGACGAAUGUUGCUCUAAAUGUGAGGUUCUUCAUGAGGUUCAUCACGAGGUUCUUCAUGAGGUUCUUCGUGAGGUUCUUGUGAGGUUCUUCCUGAGGUUCUUUUUGAGGUUCCUCGUGAGGUUCUUCGUGAAAUUCUUCGUGAGGUUCUUCAUGAGGUUCUUCUUCAGAUUCUUCCUGAGGUUCUUUGUGAGGUUCUUGUGGUGCCACUGACAGAGAUCUAAACUCUUCAGAUCUAAACUCUUCAGAUCUAAACUCUUCAGAUCUAAACUCUUCAGAUCUAAACUCUUCAGACUCUACAGAUCCUAAAGUUGGACAUAAAACCACCGGUGCCUUUUGUGAGUGACUCUGACCGUCGCGUCCUGAAGCCAAAACUCGCCUGUUCACUUCGGCAGCUUCAGAAAACAACUUAAAGACGCAGUGUGGAACUUUCCUCUCGCUUCUUCUGUGGAGAUGUUACGUGAAGCUUUUCUACACAGACGGGCGUUAAAGAAGAGUUUAUUCUGAUUUCCACGAUGUUCUAACGUUGUUCUCUCAUCGACAAAGUGAGACCGAAGUGAAGCCGCCUCCGUCGAACAAACGAACAAACGAACAAAGACACAAAAACUACGUCCAUGGUUUGUGUCGCUUUAGUUUUGGAGACAUUAACGAUUCUUUUAAAGGUCAAACUGGAGUCAUGAGCCUCGAGGAAACUUCAAACUGAAGUAAAACGACACAAAAUGGAUUCAGUCGUUUGUGUUUCGUUUGUGCUGCAAAAAGUUCAGUUUGUGUGAUUCUGGUUUUUAAAAUCUGAAGUUUUAUUUUGGUCGAUGAGUCAAAAUGUGAAAGAGCCUCAGAAGAGCAGAAAAUUAAACAAACUUUUGUGUUUGAUUUGUGUCGUUUUGUGAGAGAAACGACCUGAGUCUGUGGAAAAGUUUGUGUUUUUCUAUCAAAUCUGAACCAAAUCCAGUUCCUGCGACUGAUCCGGACUUUUCCACAGACUCAGCGCUCGCUCAGGUGUGUUUGUUUUGUUGACGUCGGGCGGAACGAGAAGCUUUGGACGGGCAGAUAAUAUUUGGACGACUUUCAACAAGUGUGAGUGUUUUUUUUAUUUCCGCAUCGAUCAGUGAGAUGCAAGAACGUGAGGAACGUCUGGGACUUUGACUCCUGUCCAGACUUCUGAAGGACCAGAGUGUGAAGGUCCAGACCACAGAGUCCAGACCACAGAGUCCAGACCACAGAGUCCAGACCACAGAGUCCAGACCACAGAGUCCAGACCACAGAGUCCAGAGUCCAGACCACAGAGUCCAGACGGUGCAGAGUCGACGGUUGGACGUCCGGGGUUCAGUUCUUCGCCGUUUGAGUCUCAGGUUUUGUGUUUCUGUUCUUGUCGUAGUUCAGGUUUUAUUCGACCGUUGAUGAUUUUCAUUUUUACGUCUGAUGAAAACCUGAUGCUCGACGUUUUACCAAAACUUUUAUCAGAACAUGAUUUCUGCGUCCUGUCGGUGUUUUAAAAAACCCAACAGAGAAUCACACUUGUUUAUUCAGAGAGGAAGUGUUUCUGUGACGGAGCGUUUGUCGUUGGCGUUUGUCGUUGGCGUUUGUCGUUGGCGUUUGUCGUUGGCGUUUGUCGUUGGCGUUUGUCGUUGGUUUUUGAACGUGACAAUGUGGAAAUCACUAAACCCAACGCUGGCGACUCUCAUCGUUUCUCUUCAAUAGUUUUGUGGAGUUUUGCUUCAGCUCAGAGGAAAAAUCACACACAAAACAACACAAAACAAACACAAAACAACACAAAGGUUUGGUUUCAUUUUCUCUGUUUUGAGGCUGUUUCACGUUUUGAUUCAUCGACACAAAAUAAAACUGUUCAGAUGUGAAGAACCAAACUGAACUUUUACAAAUCUGUGUCGUUCGUUCAUUUGUUUUUCAAUAUAAAACCAAAAAUAAGAAAAUUAAAAAACAACAAUUUUCUUCAUUAUUUGUCUCCAAAACCAAAAUAAAAAAAAACAGAUAAAGAUUCGUUUUUUCAGUUUUCGAUUUUGUGUUUAAAUGAAAAAAAAACAGAUAACGACUGUUUCCUGUUUUCGUGACUUCAGUGACUGUGAUGUUGGACUGGACCAGACCAGGACCAGACCAGGACCAGACCAGGACCAGACCAGGACCAGACCAGGACCAGACCAGGACUCUGAGCUUUGAGUCUCUGAGGUCCGAGCCUCAGCUUCGAGCUCUGGUCCUGUCGUGAGCUCUGAGCCUGCGGCUUGGUCCAGGUCUGGUCUCGGACCUGGAUCAGUCCUGGAUCAGUCCUGGUUCAGUCCUGGUUCAGUCCUGGUUCAGUCCUGGUUCAGUCCUGGUUCAGUCCGGCAUCUCAGUCACUGAAGUCACAUAAACAGGAAACAGCCUUUAUCCAUUUUUUCCAUUUUUCAUUUAAAUUUUUUUUUUCGUUUUCUUUUAUUUUUGGUUUUAUAUUCAAAAACAAAUGAUACACGGAUUUUUACAGCACAAACGAUCGACAGAUUUUACGUGUGUUUGUGUUUGAUGUGACGUGUUAAACUCCUCCAUGCAGGUUUGAGUCAUCUAGUGAUCUCUCCUGAACCUCUUUACGGUUUUUCCCACACGACAUUUCUCCAUAAAAACACAAAAACACGACACAAAACUGAACACAACAACUGGACCAACCUGAAGUGACCUGCAGCAGUUUCACCAGAGCUCUGAAGGGGGAGCGACUCAGCGUGGAGAGAGAGAGAGAGAGAGAGAGACUUGUUUUUGGAGAAAAAAGCCUUUUCACCCCCAAAAAACCAACAACAUCUCCAUGGAAACGAGCACCACCACCAGGAAAGUGACACAGUGCAGCUUUAAAACUGUAAAUAAAGUGUUUUUUAAAUUGUUUUUUUAUGACAAUCCACCAAAAACCCACGGCAGAUUUAAGUUUGUGAUUUAUUUAAAAGGACUUUGUUGGUUCAUGAGCUUCAGUGGAAUCAAAGAAACAUAAGCUACGACUCAAACGUUUCCUGAAGGAGAUUUUGGCUCAAAACGGGACGAAUUCUGACGAUUUCAAAAUAUGAAUUCAUGAAGAUUUCCUCACUUAAAGCCUCGUUUGAACGUCCAGUUUGACAAGAAUCAUUUUUCUUUGGACAAAAUUAAGACAAAUGAAAAAUAAAACGCAUCAUUAGAAUCAUUUUGAGGAACUUUUACAUAAACUGAUCUUUAAAUUCUUCUUUGUAUUUGCAGCUGCUUCUGUUUUUAUAACUUUUAAACUCCUGUUUUUCUGAUCCAGAUGUGAUUCUAAAAUCUUAAUUUCUUUGCAAACGUCGUUUUCUCGUCACAAUCAAAAGUUGGAGUCGUGUUUUGUUUCAUUCACAUGUUUGACACGAGGAACAAAACCUCCAGACGACGACACGAUUUUACUGUUUAAAAAUGUGUGAAUUUUUAACUACAAAACAAAACAUGUCGGUCAUUUAUUAGAUUUUAUUCAAAAUUUCUGUAAAAAAACAAACUAACAAAAACAACAAAUCAUUUUUCAGUUUUCCCAGAGUAAAAUUCUCCGUCUGAUUUUGUGUUUAUUUUUAUUCAAGUUCGUCUCAUUUCCCUCAAAUUCUGCUCAAAAACGCCGUAAAAGUCGAUGUUUGUUCUGACACUUUUUAGUCGCUGUUCAGACUCCGGCUCCGAGUUUCCAGCGUCGACUUUUUCUCUUUUUCUGGACCUCGACUCCUCCCACGAACCACACGCCAACUCACGAAAACAGACGUGAAAGAUGCACAAGCUCUGGUAACGCUUUAUAAUAACUACACCUUAUUUAGCCUUAAUAAAGCAUGAACAAAGGCUUAACUAAUAAUGAACAAAGACUUAAUUCAUAUUGAUUCACACUUAGUAACUACUUAAUUACUGCCUUAAUUAGCACUUGCACUUCAUUUGCCUGUGCUGUAAAUAGUUACUCAUAAUUAUUUCAUACUUAAUUACUCAUGAACUAUGCAUUUGAACAUUUAUUAAUCAUUAAUAAACUAUGAGAGAAUGAUUUACUAAUAACACAAAGAUCAUUCAGCAGCUGUUCUGUUAGUUACGUCUUUUUUAGAGCUUUUCUAACGUGAAGACAAAUUAUGCUUUAUUAAACAUUUACUAAGCGUGAAUCAUUGUUAAUUAAAUCUUUGUUCAUUAUUAGUUAAGUCUUUGUUCAUGCUUUAUUAAGGCUAAAUAAGGUGUAGUUAUUAUAAAGUGUUACUGAAGAUAUUUCUUUAAUUGUACUUUGAUUUUUAAAAUGUGUUUUUUUAACUGGACAAAAACACGUCGGUCGUUUAUUUAUUUGAUUUUAUUCUAAAUUUCUGUGAAAAAAACAAACAAAAAAACAAAACAAUAAUAAUAAUAUUUUUCAGUCAGUGGAAACACCAAACUGUGACGUGUCUCGGGUUAAAGAUGUUUUAGAUUUUGUUGUGAGGAGAAAGUAACAGAUUACAUUUACUCCCGUUUCUGUGUCGAGGAGAAAACUCCGUUUGUCGACUGGACAAAAGUUCAUUUGGUUGAAAACGUUUCUCAGUUCGUCCAAACUGCUGCUUCACUUCUGUCAGACGCCGGUGACACGUCCUCCUGAGCAGCGUCGGGAAGAUUACUUUUCAAAUGUAAUCCCCUACAGAUUACAGAUUACACUCACCAAAAUGUAGUUUGUAACAGAAUCCAUUAAAUUACUUAAAGUGAGUAAUGUAAUCUGAUUACUUUGGAUUACUUGAUUUGUUGUAGAGAAACAAAGACGAGGAAAUCUUCACAUAAGAAGUUUUGUCUGAUAAAAGAAAAUAAAAAGUCCAAACUUUACUGAACCAAAUUAAAAAUAUUAUUGAUAAAAGACGAAGAAACACGUCCACACAGCAGGAUUUAGUCCUGGUUUAGUCCUGGUUUAGUCCUGGUUUAGUCCUGGUUUAGACCUGAUUUAAACCUGGUUUAGUCCUGGUUUAGUCCUGGUUUAGUCCUGGUUUAGUCCUGAUUUAAACCUGGUUUAGUCCUGGUUUAGUCCUGGUUUAGUCCUGGUUUAGACCUGAUUUAAACCUGGUUUAGUCCUGGUUUUAGUUCUGGUUUAGACCUGGUUUUAGUCCUGGUUUAGUCCAAAAUGUGAAAACAGUAAAAUCCCUCUGUUUAAUCCAUUUAUUUCAACAAAGUAACUGUAAUCCAAUUACCACUCACUGAAACAGUAACUGUAACUGAAUACAGUUACUCAUCAUUUGUACUCUGAUUACUCUGGUACAUGUAAUCUGUUACUCUGACACUCACAUCUGUCUGCAGGAGUCGACUGUUGAGUUCCUCCUGUCGUCUUCAACCAAACAAACUUCUUCAGUCGACAAACGGAUUUUCUCCUCGUGGAUUCGACCUGAACGACGACGGAGGGAAUCCACCCCUUUUAUCAGCAAUUUGUCUUUUAAAAAAAAAUCCACUCGUAGUUUCGUAGUCGUCUUUUUCACCUUGUUCACGGCGCGUGGACCUGGCCUCCUCCUCCUCCUCCGCCGCCGCCGCCGCCGCCGUCGUCAGUCGUUCUAAGAAAAUAUUGUCCUAAAAAAACGCUGCCAAAACGUCAUAAGUCCUUGUGUUCCGGGACGUUUGAUAAAAAAUGGAAUCGUCGCGGCUCCGACAGUCGCGCGUCAGAGUCGGAGCCGCGACGUGUUGUAAAUGUGUUUGAGUAAAUCUUCGUUAUCACACGUCUCAAAGCUCCAGACGCUCUGCUCCACCUCGUGAUGUCAUGAAGUGGGAGUUUUCACGUUCACGCUCGAUCAAGUUUGUUCAGUCGUGAUUUUUGAAUUCCAACUUCCAUGAUUCUAGUGAAGGUUUGUGGAGUUUAAAAACACAAAAACCACACGAUGACAUCACGAGGUGGAACACAGUGUUUUUCUUCUGUAUUUGAGAGAAAAGCUGGUGUUAAAUCUGCAGGUUUUUGAGUUCAACAUGUGAAUGAAACAAAACACGGCUCCAGUGUUUGUGCGACCGGGAAACAUCAGAACAGAAAAUAUCAUAAUUAAAAAAAAAAAAAAAGUUUAAAAUUAAAUAUUCAAACUUUGGUUGAGUUUUAAACAAAGUGAAACCUGCUCGUCCUGGUUCAGACCCUCAGAUUCUCCUUCAGGUUCGUCCUCGUUCCUCGUGAGACACUAGUUUUGCCAAAAAGUGCAAAUGAGUUUUUCUUUUUCUUUCUCGUGUGUUUUUCAUGUUUCCUUCGUGAGUUUGUGUCGUGGAGUGAACCUGAACUUCUGCCUCAAAACACAAAAACACAAAAACUCAAAACACAAAACUCUUUUCAGACGUUUCUUUAAUCAUCUGAGUUUUAUGGUUCCGAACAUGAAGGCGACACCAACUUCUGGUUUGUUUAAAUCGACGUGUUACACAAAAUGUACUUGUUUUUUUUGGUUUUUUUUGAGUUUUUGCGUUGACGUCGGCUCCUCUCGAGCGCCGCACUUUUCAAACUCAGCGAGAUUUUUUGUUUUCUGAAUUGGUUUUGGAUCAAUAUUGUGAUUUAAAAAGUCACAAUUAGAACAAAAUGCUCCUCACACAAACACAUGUUCACUUUAACACCACAAGUGUAAAAAAAAAUACAAACUCUUUAAUUCAAUAAUUUUAACAUCAAAUUAAACCUUGACGAGUUCUGUGCCAAAAUAUUUAAAAACAUGAAAGAUGUGGGAGAUAUUUUUUAAAUUAUACUUUGAUUUUUUAAAAUGUGUGAAUUUUUAACUGUUUGGUUUUAUUCAAAAUUUCUGUAAAAAAAACAAAACAAGAGUAAAAUUCACUUUCUAUUUAUUUUUGGUUAAGUUUGUGUCAUUUCCCUCAAAUUCUGCAGCGUAAAAGUUUGUGUUUGUGUCGUUAUGAACAAAUUAUUACAGUUUUUUUUUUUUGUGGAUUCUGAGCCGUGAAAAAAAACCAAACACAACUAAAGUGUGAAAGAAAAAACAGAAGUUUAAGUUCACUUCACUCGUUGUAACGACUUUGUACAGAAAUAAAUGGUGUUGUGGCAUAAAAACCACGAGACACUUUGAAUAAACGACUCUUUUUGUUUUGUUCAUUUGGUCCAAUUUUUAUUUGUUUAUUUUUAUUUUCUUAGUUCCUCAGAAGUUCACAGUGAAGUUUCUGUUUUCUGGAUCCGUCGUGUUUCCUGCUCACAGGAAAAAAAAAAGAAGAGAAUCACCAAUGAAAACACCAAACUGUGACGUGUCUCGGGUUAAAGUUUGAGAUUUUGUUAUGAAGAGUUUUUUCGAGGAAACGUCUGCGUCUGAGACACGAGAGCAGAAAGUAACAGAUUACAUUUACUCACGUUUCUGUAAUCGAGUCGUUUUUAUUUAGAGUAAUUUAUCAUUUUUUUUACUUCAUUACAUUGGAACUCGCCCUCGUUACUCAGUAAAAUCAGAUUGAGACAAAAAAAACUAAACGCAAAAAUAAAUCAAAAAUCUGCCAUAAAUGAAAGUUUUUUUAAAAAAAAGCAACGACGUUUUCUCAGUAGAACGAAGAAGCGUCACUGAACAGAAACUCAGACGAAAAAUGUUUAAGAGGCAAAGUGAAAAUAAAACAUGAUCCUCGAGGUUCUGAUGGAAACAUUUAUACUGAACAAAUGAACGAUUCAAUAUUUGAAUAUUUGUGAUUUCAACAUAAACCAAGAAUUCAUGAACCUGGAGUUUGUGUUCAGGACGCAACAGUCGGGUUAAAAAAAGAAGGAACAAAUUGGCGUCGAUGACGUGUUAUUGUUUUAUCCAAGAUUCUUUGAACACAACAAACACUUCACCUGAUUUUUUUAAAUGUAUUUUUUAAAUAUCUCAGCGCAGGGAAACAUUGUGCCGUCAAAUGUUGUGUUCAGUGAUUUUGUUUAUUUAAUGACGUCAUUUUUACUCUAAACCUCAUCAGAUUUCAGCUCAAAAUGUUCCCAAGCAGAGAAAAUAUUUUUCUUGCCGUUUACAUCGCAAAAAAAAAAAAAAAAAAAGAA